CACUAAUGUCAAACGUACUCCUGACGCAUAUCUUAAAAGUAUCACUCGGAAUCCGAGAUAUAUUUAUGCUUUGCUCCUAAUGUUUCAGGGAUAGGCCGUGCUGCUCCGAUCCUUACCAGGAUCUUGCUAAUAACGUAUGGAUGUUUGGAUGUCUCUCAAAACAACCUCCACCAGUCCCUAAACAGGUCGAGGUGGUUCACGAGAAAGAAAACGUCGUCCACAGUCACAAGCUGGUUUCAUAUUCUUUGACGCCCGGUCUCUUGAUAUACAGCAGCAAUUACUCACCUGCACUGUAAAUGGCAUCUUGUGAUGUCCUACCAAAGUGCAGACGUAUUUGAGAGCAACAGGCUGCCGCAAGUAUUAACUUCACGGAGCUUUAAAUGUGGGCGGCUACUUUAAACUUUGGUUUAACGAAGAAAUGAUUAAUUUCAACAAGAAAGUGUAUUUCGAUAUUUGAUCUGUUGAGGUAUAAUUGAGUAUUAUCCUCCUGUAAAGAACUCGCAGAAGGGAUUUAAAAAAAGAUCAAGGAUGCUUGGAUAUAUAGUGAACUACUAAAACUUUAAGUAGUAUUAAAACUAUACAGUUUACAGAAGGGUUUUGUUUGAUUAGGUCAGUCAAACGGACUACUUUGAGCUGGAUGAUAUAAGUAUGAUUUAUUGGUGCCACAAGUAUAAGGCCAGACGUUAAGAUGCCACACAGGGUCAUGUGGAGGUCCGGAAGGAUGCUCACCUCACGAUUAUCAUUCAAGAAAUGGCAGGAGUAGACUGAGACCGACGAACUACUGGAAACCAAAGAAGCAGGAUUCUUUUUUGUCUGUAGCUACUCUUAUGCAGGUAUCUCAAUUGUAACCGACAGUGUAUAACCAAUUCUAAAAUGCAUGUGCUUCAAAAGAAAGACUUUCAUUCAUAACACAUAAAGUGUUAAGUAAAUCUAAGUAAUGUUUUUUUUUUAUAUCUUUGAGGUUUUACAUUACAUGUUGGUAACAUACUAGUAUAUUAGUACAAAAUGUACUCUUAACAGCAAGGGCUUUGCAGUUGUCUUUGUCAAAAGGUACAGGAAGGUCACAGAGCAAGAUCUGUAAUGUUUACGACUAUCAAUCCUCAAUAUAGUUAUUUAAAAGCUACUUUCAACUUUGACCGCUAAAAUAGCUUAACUGCUCUACGACAUUUGCUGCUGUCUGGAUGUCGUAAAAUAUUUUUUGUACUUGCUUUAAUAUUCCAGUUUUCCAGGGUUGUCUCCAGGUUGUUUUCCAGGUUAUCUGGUUUUUAGAGAGCAAGUUGUGUACCGAUAUUGAUGCUUUUACAUAUUUACUUUCUGCAACUGAAAACACUAAAAUGGCUCGUCUUUACGCAAAAGAAAAGUAAGUAAGCAAACGCUGCGUUAUAUUAUGUACCAGAACAGUCCACUAGCAUUCACACAUCUGUAAAAUGGUCUUCGUUAUUGUUUUUAGUGUAUGAGUUUGGGUCCUAACAAUGUUUUACCAAAGCGGUUUCAAGCGUUCAAGUUUUUUUUAACAACGCUGAAUGCUUUUAGCUUAUUUUAAUAAUUAGAACAAGAAGAUCUCGAGAUGAAAAUAAUACGAUCACACACCUGAAAAACUCUUCACAACCGAAACAUUACGUAUUUCUUCUUUCUUUUCACUUUUGCGGGAUUAAAGUCUUCUUGUUCCUUACUACCCGCACACCUCCACACUACAGCCUUUUUUUUUCAACAUCCGGGUGAAUAUGCGCAGACUUUGAAAAGCAGGUGUAAAAAAACACAGCACGUUCAUGGUUUCGAAAUAGAAAGUUUCUGACGACUUUUAGAAUAUGUCGUUUUCUGCUUGAAUAGUUCCACCUUUCCUGAGGGGGGCAGUGUCGGAAAACGAAAGAUGUUUACACAAAGCUCUUUUCGAAACAGCCUCCCACAUUUUAGACCCUCCUCUUUAAGAUGUCACCUUAUGAAUAUAAACAGAGUUCCGCUGACGUAGGAUGUCUGUCGACAUUCAUUUAAUAUUCCCGCAUAUAAUUUUAUAAUUAAUGAGGGACUGACGCGCCCCCCUUUGCUUUUUACUUACGCUUGAGUUUCUCCUGCCACAGUCUCCAUGAUGGCGGUUUCGGCAGCUGCCGAGCGGCUCUGAGAAAAGCAAGAAACGAACCAACUGGAUUUACAAUGGCGUAAGACCCGGAGUGAGUGGCCAGCCUGCGCAGUUUUGCUUCUGUAUUAUUUUUUUAAUUAACACAUUAAGUGUAUUUUCUUCGUUAUUUCCACUCACGUAAAAUGGAAAGUGCGCGGGCUGUGGUGUUGGACGGCAGGUUGGCACUGGAUGGCUCUUCCACAGCGGUCGGGACAGCUGCUUCGGACUCUGAAACUGGCAAAAUAAGCCAUGCCGGUAAAUUGAAGAAAGGAUCCAGCUUCACCACCGCUGGUAGUGGGGCUGCAGCGGCGGUGGAUGAUGGCGGAGGCGGCGGGUCGAAAGCGGAGAGUGGGGGUCUCCGAGGGACAUCUGCCCCUCUCCUUCACGUAGCAACCAGCAAUGGAAAUCAUCAGGUUCAAGCGGCCACUGGUAAAACUAGUACAAAUCCUUCUCUUCCUGCAACCACGAGUGCUUCAGGUUUGGCCAGUAACACUAACUCACUGCUGCUUAGGAGGAGACGACUGAAGAGAAAUCUCUCGGCUGCAGCUGCAGCCUCUGCCUCUGCCUCCUCCGGGAGCCACAUGAGCUCCGCUUCGUCCUCCGCCCUGAGCACACGGAGCCUGGAUCGAAAGAUGCUACUGAGGCACCGUCAGGUCAUGCAACUGCAGCCGGCAGAUCGGGAAUGGGUGAGAGCGGACCUCCAGCGGGGUUGCUUACACGUCCACGACAAACUUGUGCCCUCGUACCUCAGGCCAGUUUUGUGCACACUGGAAACCAGCGCCGGGGAGAUAGCGCGGCGGCUGAACCAACUCGGCAGCAAAGGAGGAGCCGUGGUGAAACUGGUCGGCAAAGGGAGCCCCACGACAGACUUAAACGGCACCUGCAACGGCAGACGGGUGGGCAGCGGUGCCCAGCAGAGGCUGCGCUCCCCCAGUGCCAGCCCGGAGGUCGUGGAAGUGGCGGACGGUCCUGACCAACUUGGUCAUUUCAACUCCGCGAAACAUGCGGAGUGCAGGGAAGGCCUGGCAUCCCCCCCGGGAGAAAGGCUGAGGUUGCCGCUGGCGGAGAGCAGGAAGAGCCACAAGCGGCAGCAACUGGAGACUGAUUCUUCCAGAGUAAACCCGCAGUCGGAGCGGAAGAAUUUUACCAGCCCUUCUUCGGAUACCAAUUCAAACGCCGACGUCGACUUGAUGUCACCUGCCGCCGAUGCCGCGCUUGUACGCGGCGCAGAGGAAAGUUGCGGACCAAACUCUCCUUCGGAUGUGGACAGCAGCACCUGCGAGGAGCUCAGCGCUGCGGCCCAGCUCGCCGACCACCGGGACUCGUUCAGCGAUGGCAUCAUCCUGGGUACGGAUACGUCCACCAGCCUCAGCCCGAGCUUGGACAGCGCACCGGAGGGGCUCGACGGUUUCGGGAGUUCCUCCGACGAGCUGGAUCUGGACAGUCAGCUGCCCAGCUCCAUUGCCCAGGAGUUGCAGCAGGUUGCCCGAGAAAGCGGCAGCGCCAUCUCGAAUAACAACAACGCAGUCGGCAACAGGCUGUGCGGCUGUGAGCUUCCCAACGGAGCGGUGGCUGACCGGGGACCAGGCGUCAGACACGACCCGCUCAGCUCGGCCAAACUUCCCUGUAGCGGCGGCCAGUGUCAGCCCAGGCCCAGCCUGACAGGCAAGGGCGCCGCCAGGCACACCUCCACCUGGACAGCGGAGUUGGGGUCUGACCGCUGCUCCUCUGCCCCGACAUUGUACGUCCAGCUGCACGGCGAAGCAGCGAGGCGGCUGGAGCCCGAAGAAAAGCCCCUUCAGAUACAGAAUGACUACCUCUUUAAACUGGGAUUUAAAGACCCGUGGAGGGUGCAGGAAGAAGGGAUGGACGCCGAGAUAGGCUGUAUGAUACGUUUCUACGCAGGGAAGCCUCACAGCGUUGAGAGCUCCGAGCGGAUCCAGCUCUCGGGGACCUACAACAUCCGUAAAGGGAAGAUGCAGCUGCCUGUUAACCGCUGGACCAGGAGGCAGGCAAUCCUGUGUGGCGCCUGUCUCAUUGUGUCAUCAGUCAAGGAAAGCCAGUCAGGGAAGAUGCACAUCCUGCCUCUGAUUGGGGGAAAGGUAGAAGAAGUGAAAAAACAUAACCACUGCCUGGCUUUCAGCUCUUCGGGGCCACAAAGCCAGACCUAUUACAUCUGUUUUGAAAACUUCACCGAGCACUUACGAUGGCAGCGGCAAGCUUCCAAGAUUGUGUCCCAGCGGAUAAGCUCAGUUGACUUGUCCUGCUGCAGCCUUGAGCACCUGCCUGCCAAUCUCUUCUACAGCCAAGACCUGACGCACCUCAACCUCAAGCAGAACUUCUUAAGGCACAGCCUGGGCCCAGUGGCCAGCAGAGGCCUAAGUGAACUGCAGAGGUUCUCAAAGCUUAAAAGUCUCAAUCUCUCCAAUAAUCACUUGGGGGAUUUCCCGGUGGCAAUCUGUGAUAUCCCAACUCUAACAGAGGUUAACCUCUCCUGCAACUGUCUGUCAGCUGUGCACGCUGCUGUGGGGACAAUGCACAACCUGCAGACCUUUUUGUUGGAUGGCAAUUUUCUGCAUUCACUUCCAGAUGAACUGGGUGACUUGCAGCACCUGAGCUACCUUGGCCUGUCAUUUAAUGAGUUCGCCGAGGUGCCCUCUGUGCUGGAGAGGCUGACUGCUAUGGAGAAACUGUGCAUGUCUGGGAACAACCUGAACACUCUCAACCUGCAGAUGUUAAGACUGCUGUCCAUCAAGCAUGUGGACCUCAGGCUGAAUAAGAUCUGUAGGGUGAUCCCAGAGGAGCCAGAAUUUCUUCGACAUAUCACUCACUUGGACCUACGAGACAACCAGCUGCAGGAGGUGGAUGCUACUGUUUUCACCAAACUGGAGGUGGUACACUGUGAGAGGAACCAGCUGACUACUCUAAAAGUUAACGGCUGUCUCCUGAAAGGACUCUACGCAUCAACCAACAAGCUUUCUCAGCUCGAAGUAUAUCCUGUGCCCUGUAACCUGACCUUUAUGGAUGUCUCAAGAAACCAACUGGAGAGCUUGCCUGAAUGGGUAGGUGAGAGCAAGAAACUGGAAGUGUUGGACAUCGGCCACAACCAGAUCUGUGAGCUGCCAGUACGGCUGUUCUGCAACAGCAGCCUGCGGAAGCUUCUGGCGGGACACAACCAGCUGCGCCGGCUGCCCGAGAGACUGGAGCGCACACAGCUGGAGGUGCUGGACGUGCAGCACAACCAGCUGCAGGAGCUGCCCUCCAACCUCUUUCUCAAGGCCGACAGUUUACGGUGUUUGAAUGCCUCUGCCAACAAACUGGAGAUGCUCCCCCCUUCCAGCCUGUCUGAAGAGAGCCACAGCAUCUUGCAGGAGCUGUAUCUCACCAACAACCGCCUCACUGACAAAUGUGUACCCUUACUGACAGGCCACUGCCACCUCCGAGUCCUGCAUAUGGCCUAUAACUACUUACAAAGCUUUCCAGCCAGUAAAAUGGCAAAACUUGAAGAACUGGAUGAAGUGGACUUGAGUGGGAACAAACUAAAGGCAAUUCCAACAACCAUAAUGAACUGCAGACGGAUGCACACAGUCAUUGCACAUUCCAACUGUAUUGAAGUCUUUCCUGAAGUGAUGCAACUCAUGGAGAUGAAGUGCGUUGACCUGAGCUGCAAUGAGCUAAGCGAGAUCACGUUGCCAGAGAGCCUUCCUCCCAAACUGCAGGAGCUUGACCUUACUGGAAACCCCAGAUUGGCCUUGGACCACAAAACCCUGGAGCUGCUGAAUAACAUUCGUUGUUUUAAGAUCGACCAGCCCCCCACCUCUUUCUCAGCAAGUGAAGCUCCGGGAGCCCCAGCAGUUUGGAGUCAUGGCUAUACAGAGGCUUCUGGCAUCAAGAACAAGCUGUGUGUGGCGGCUCUGUCAGUCAAUAACUUCUGUGAGAACCGGGAGGCCCUUUAUGGGGUGUUCGAUGGGGACCGCAAUGUGGAGGUGCCUUACCUCCUGCAGUGCACCAUGAGCGACGUGCUGGCCGAGGAGCUGCACAAGAGCAAGAGCGAGGAAGAGUACAUGACCAGCACCUUCCUCGUCACACAAAGGAAGCUGGGAACGGCAGGGCAGAAACUUGGCGGCUCAGCUGUCCUGUGCCACAUCAAACAUGAUCCCACAGACCCUGGGGGCUGCUUCACCCUGACUGCGGCCAAUGUGGGGAAGUGCCAAGCUAUUCUGUGUCGAGAUGGCAAGCCCUUGCCCCUGUCUGCUCUGCACACUGUCAGCUGUGAGGACGAGCUCAAGAGGAUCAAGCAGCACAAAGCCAUAGUCACUGAGGACAACAAAGUGAAUGGAGUGACAGACUCCACCAGGAUUAUGGGCUACUCCUUUCUUUACCCUUCGGUUAUCCCACGUCCUCAUGUCCAGACAGUUACACUCACACCCCAGGAUGAGUUCUUCAUCCUGGGCAGCCGGGGCCUGUGGGACAGUGUGUCACCUGCAGAGGCCGUGGAGGCAGUGCGUAAUGUGCCAGAUGCCCUAGCAGCUGCCAAGAAACUGUGUACACUGGCACAGGGCUACGGCUGCAAUGACAGCAUCAGUGCGGUGGUAGUGCAACUCAAUGUCACCGAGGACUGCUGCUGCUGCUGUGAACUCAACGGCUUACCACCCCCUAGCCCUGGCAUCUUCCCCCCCUCCGUCAGUGUGGUCAUUAAGGACCGGCCCGCAGCACCCGACAACCUGGGUAUGCCCUCUUCCAGCAGCGAGAUCAGCAGCGAGAUCUCUACCUCCGAGAUGAGCAGCGAGGUGGGAUCCACCGCCUCCGACGAGCCCCCACAGAGUGCCAUCCUCAACGACCACCAUGGCGGCACGGCCUGCGCCUCUGAGCAGCGCUGUUGCACUCUGCAUCCUGUCUGCCUGUCCAGCUCCUUCCAGCGCCAGCUCUCCAGCGCCACCUUCUCCAGUGCUUUCUCCGACAAUGGUCUUGACAGCGAAGAUGAGGAGCCCAUCGCUGGCGUCUUCUCCAACGGCAGUAGAGUGGAGGUGGAGGUGGACAUCCACUGUCUGCGUGCCAGGGAAAAGGCCCUGUCUUCAUCGUCUUCUUCCUGCCCCUCUCAAGCCCCACCAGUGCCAGCAGCCCUUGAGGCUUGUGAUGAGGGCAUUGUCAUCAGUGCCAACGAGGAGGAGCUGACUGGGGUGCCAGACAGGACACUGACUUUUAGACUGCAAGGAGAGGGGGCCAGCUGGGCAGGGAGCUUAAGAAGGAAAGGGGGCGACUGCUAUGGUGGAACCCUUGGCAAGCGGCGUGGGAAUGGCUCUGUGGCCCCCCAAGAGAAAAGCCACAACCUUAUCGAAGUAGCAGCAGAUGCCCCCACAAAAAAGACUGGGGGUUAUUUUGCAGCCCCAGCCCAACCCGAUCCUGAUGACCAGUUCAUUAUACCUCCAGAGCUGGAGGAAGAGGUGAAGGAGAUCAUGAAACAGCACCAAGAGCAGCAGCAGAGGCAGUAUCAAGUGGACCAAAUGCCAGACUACUACGAUACACCUCUGUGAGGCCAGCGGAUACCUGGUGAAGACCACCUUUGGGGGCCAUUGGGCAGGAUAGAUAAGAACAACAGAAUAUUUUUGUCCUUUUUAGAUUCUAACACCUGCCCCCAAGCGUAAAAUAUACACUGCAUUAUUUUUGGACAUCAACACUAGUUUCCUUGAGUUAAUGCUUCACAAAAUAAAUAAGGUUAAUAUAAUUUUAUUUUUUUUCUUAUCAUAUCAUUUUAUGUAAUAAGAAUACGCUGAAAGGCACUUUUAAAAAAUACGGAACCUUUUGUUUGUUUUAAAAAUAAAAAUGUUAAAUAGUUAAUACCACGUUUAACUGUUAGUUAGUGCUGUUAAUAUUGUUAGUGCUGUUAAUAUUAUUUUCAGAAAUCAUGGCUUUUGGCUUAUAAAAAGUCAUAGAAAUUUAUAGAAAUAUAAAGACUAACUCCUAGGAGUUGCUUACUCUUUACCGUGACUUAGUCACUGAAUUUUACUAAUCUUCUCUGAGAGAAAAGGUGAUUUUUUCCAAUUAUUGUAAAUAGGAUUAAUGUUGCAUCUAAGGAAAAUGAGAUAUUUGGAACACAGUUCAAGUACUGUGUCUGGAGACAGAAUUGCGGAGUGCUGGCUACCAAACAGCAUGGUAAAGAUCCAGGACUGACGUUCAGCCAGGCUGUUUGUUCCCUGUCCCUAUCCUUCCCACACUAACAUGCACUUGAUGUCUUGUCUCCCUUAGUUCCGCCACACCAGCAUGACUGUAUACAGUUCACUAAUGCGAAAACGUUACCUACAAGUUGUAUUGAAGCAAAACACACAAAAAGUUCCAUUUUUGUUAUAAUAAAUCUAAAAUUUACAAAUAA